UGGAGGAGGAGGAGGUGCGGAGAUCUGCGCGCGGUGGUGGUGCCAGCCCGCUGGGGGGCGCCGCGGAACCGGCCACCUGGACGCGCUUCCGACGCGCACUGGGGGUUUCCCGGAUCCCAUAAAAGCCGGCCGGUGGACGCAUGGCUGGACAGAGCCUCCUGCGCGUCCCGGCUGUCCUCUGCCUCCGCUGGGUUCUGGCCGGGCCCGCCCUGGACGCUCGCCUGCUCGGAAGCUGAUGCGCCCUGCCCGUGCGCUUUUACGCGCGGCUGGUGCGCCAUGGGAGACUCCCAGCGGCCGCCGCCCGAGCCCUUGUCCGCGCGCUCCCGGCUCAGCUACUCGGUGGGCCACUUCCUCAACGACCUGUGCGCCUCGAUGUGGUUCACCUACCUGCUGGUUUACUUCCACUCCAUCCUGGGCUAUAGCACCAGCCACGCGGGGGCGCUCUUGCUAGUGGGGCAAGUGGCCGACGGCAUCUGCACGCCGCUGGUGGGCUACGAGGCGGAUCAGGCCGGCGGCUGCGGGCGCUACGGGAGGAGGAAGUCGUGGCACUUGGCCGGUACCAUCUGCGUCCUCCUCUCCUUCCCCUUCAUUUUCAACCCUUGCCUGGGCUGCUCGGAGAACACCCCUCAGUUUGCAGCACUCAUCUAUUUCAUCCCCUUCAUCGUCAUCUUCCAGUUCGGCUGGGCCGCCACCCAAAUCUCCCACCUGUCUCUCAUCCCGGAGCUGGUGGCCAGCGACCACGAAAAGGUGGAGCUCACAGCCUUCAGGUACGCCUUCACCGUCAUGGCGAACAUCACCGUUUACGCAGCAGCCUGGCUGCUCCUUCACUUCCAGGUGGGCCACCGCGGGCAGCCGGAACAGAGCCACAACCUCGGGCGCCACGACAUCCCCGUCUUCCGGAACCUGUCUCUGAUCGUGGUGUGCAUCGGAGCCAUCACUUCGCUUCUCUUCCACCUCGGCACCAAAGAGAAGAGCGCCCCGGUUGCCAGGCUGCCGGACCCUGAGGAACGGACCCCCCUCUUGCCUCCAGACCCAAAAAGCCCCGCUCGGCCCCUCCUCCUGUGGAAACACUGGCUUCUGGAGCCGGCUUUCUACCAGGUGGCCAUGUUGUACAUGGCCACAAGGCUCAUCGUCAACCUUUCCCAAACCUACAUUGCGAUGUACCUCACCAACUCACUGAUGCUCCCCAAGAAGUUCAUCGCCACGAUUCCCCUGGUGAUGUACAUUAGCGGCUUCCUUUCCUCCUUUCUGAUGAAGACUGUGAACAAGAAGAUUGGCAGGAACCUCACCUACUUUGUGGGCUUGCUGAUCAUACUGGCAUUUGCUUCCUGGGUGGCUCUGGAUGAACGGAUCGGCGUGGAGAUCUAUGGGGCGGCCGUUCUCCUCGGCACCGGCUCGGCCACUAUCCUGGUAACAUCCCUGUCCAUGACGGCCGACCUCAUUGGCAGCAACACACACAGCGGCGCCUUCGUCUACGGGGCUAUGAGCUUCACGGAUAAAGUCGCCAACGGGGUGGGCGUGAUGAUCAUCCAGAACUUGCACCCGUGCCCAACGGAGCACUGUUGCAGCAACUGCGUCCCGUUUUACCGCUGGGUGAUGGUGGCCGUCACCGGAGGAACGGCUGUCGCCGCCACCCUGGGCCUCGCCUGCAUAAUGAUUUGGCCCAUCCGUGUCCGGUUCCAUGACGUCUCCGUUUCGGGGCUGGCCGGCACCCGAUCCCAGGAAUUUGGAGACUCCGAAGUCGGCGGAAGAAAUCCCGGUGUCGUCAACUGAGUCUCUGCCCCCCUUGGAAGGGGGGGGAGCGAGCCCGGAAGACGCCGUGGCAGGGAAGACCCAAAAGACUCGGCCGCCCUCCCCUCGACCCAACUGGGUUCUUCUUGAGAAUUGGACCAUUCGCAACUCUUUCCUUGCACAUUUUGCACAGUUCCUUCUCUUCACCUGCCCUCCCCUUCCUUUUGCAAGUUGAACACAAAAGUUACUAGGCCUUAUGAAGGAAGACAUUCUCCACCCACCCAGUCCUUAUAUCCCCUGCCCUCACCACAUCAGACCACUUAUGCAUAU